GAAGAGAAACAACAACAACUAACUGCUCACUUUGAAACUGUCAGCCACCAAACUCCAAAACAUUAACACAUAAACUGAUGUUUUCUUUACAAUCAUUCUCUUCCAAACUUUCCAUUUCUUCAUUUCUCUCCGUUUCCCAUCUCCUAAUCCUCCCAUGGAUUCUCUAUCGCACCUUAUUCUCUUCCUCUUCUUCCUUUCUCUUUCCCCUCUUUCCUACUCCCAACUCAGCCCCCCUCAAAAUAUCGAAACUUACUACCCUUUCCCUCAACCGCCCUCGCCCUCCUCUUCUUCAGUUGACCAUCCGCCAUCGUCCACGUCCACCAAGACCAUCGCCACCGCGGUGGCCGUCACUGCUGUCGGUGUUGCUCUGAUUUCCACCUUCUUCUUCUUUUUAAUACAGAGAUAUGUUAUCGGAAGAAAGAGGAAAACAGAGGUCGUAAAUUCAGGGACGGGUUCGGGUUCGGGUUCGGCAGUGCCACCGGCGGUUGCGCAGAGUGAUUUUUCGCGGGUUGAUGGGAAUCUUAAAGGCUUUAUUGUGGAUGAAAAUGGGUUGGAUGUGAUUUAUUGGAAGAAACUUGAACAAAGGAAAUCCAAAAAUAGCUUUGAUCGGGAUGUUGAAGGUAAUGUUAAGGAAAACCGAACAAAAAAGUCUGAGCCUGUUCAAGAAAUUCCUCUGCUUCGAGGAAAAUCUUCAACUUCGCAUGUUAAAAUUGCACCCGAAGAUGAAGACGAUAGUCGGAUUACAUCGCCACCGCCUCCUCCGCCGCCCCAGGUUAACCAACCUCCGCAAUUUACUGCGAUUUCGGUUCAGGCUGUUGGAAAAUCACCAAGUAGUUCAAAUCUUUCAUCAACAGCACCAACGCAAUCGACGGGAAAUCAGGUACCUCCGAAACAAUCUCCAAUGGCCGUUCCGCCACCGCCCCCACCUAUUCCAGCCAAGACCAAUUCAAGACUGCCGCCGCCGCCACCUCCCAUUCCCAAGACCAAUUCAAGACCGCCGCCACCGCCGCCUCCUAUUCAACCCAAGACCAACUCCGCAGGACCACCUCCUCCUCCUAUACCGGCCAAGGCAAAUCCGUCAGCACCACCGCCACCACCGCCCAAGGCCGGCGGUUCAAAAUUACCCUUAAGGCCUGCACCUCCAAAAGAGAGUAACAAAUCUUCUGCAGAGGCUUCUUCAUCAGCUGACAAUGGUCAGGUUAAAAUGAAGCCCCUGCAUUGGGAUAAAGUGAACACUGCCAAUGCCGAUCAUUCCAUGGUUUGGGACAAAAUGACCGCCGGUUCUUUCAAAUUCGAUGGGGAUCUUAUGGAAGCUCUCUUUGGAUAUGUCGCAACCAACCGGAAAUCCCCCCGGAGUGAAGCUAGUUCUUCAGCAACCGCCGUUGGUCGGAACUCGGGGCCGUCGCAAACUUUCAUUCUUGAACCGAAAAAAUCUCAGAACAUCGCCAUUGUAAUCAAGUCCUUAACAGUUCCUCGCAACGACAUCCUCGAUGCACUCAACGAAGGUCAAGGCCUGGAAACAGAAGUUCUUGAAAAACUCACAAGAAUUGCUCUGACUCAAGAAGAAAUUUCCCAAAUUCUUGCUUACAAAGGAGAUCACCAGAAGCUAGCUGAUGCUGAAUCUUUCCUUUACCAUCUUCUCAAAUCGGUUCCAUCGGCCUUUACGCGCUUCAACGCCAUGCUUUUCCGAUUGAAUUUUACAUCAGAUAUUCUCCAUCACAAGGAAUCUCUACAAACUCUGGAAUCCGCUUGCAAGGAGCUUAGGACACGAGGAUUGUUUAUGAAACUUCUUGAAGCAAUUCUCAAAGCUGGGAACCGGUUGAAUGCAGGAACUGCAAGAGGAAAUGCCAGAGCUUUCAAUCUUACAGCUCUUCGAAAGCUCUCUGAUGUUCGAAGCACUGAUGGGAAAACCACUUUGCUUCAUUUUGUAGUCCAGGAAGUGAUCAGGGCAGAAGGGAAAAGGUGUGUUUUAAACAGGAACAAGAGCUUGAGCCGUAAUAGCAGCCGUAGCAGCGACAACAGCUUUAGCAGCUUAGAAAACUCGGCUGCGAAGGAGGACAGAGUGAAGGAAUACAUGAUGUUGGGAUUGCCAGUGGUGGGAGGUCUAAGCUCCGAAUUCUCUCAUGUAAAGAAAGCGUCGGCGAUCGACUACGAGAGCUUCGUCAAGGCAGGGACGUCCCUGACUAGUCGAACCGAAGAAAUCCGGAAGCUCCUGACUCAAAUGGGGAACAAUGAAGGUGGGUUUGCGAAGGAAAUGAGAGAAUUUCUUGAUGCAGCAGAGAAUGAGCUGAAGAUGGUAAGAGAAGCACAAACGAAGGUGAUGGAUUUAGUGAUGAAGACAACAGAGUAUUAUCAGGCAGGAAGUUCUAAAGAUAAAGAAACAAAUCGGCUUCAAUUGUUUAUUAUAAUUAAAGAUUUUCUAGAAAUGGUAGAUCGAGUUUGUGUUGAAAUUACUCGAGAUCUCCAGAGGAAGAGAUCGUCAGCAGUAAAUGCAGGCACAGGUUCGGGUUCGUUGCCGGGGAGAUCAAAAGCCAUUUUCCAUAACUUGCCGGAAAAUUUUAUGUCAGACAAGUCUAGAGGGAGUUCUAGUGAUACAGAUGAUGAAUUCUGAGCAGAACUUAUUCUUAAAUGUAUUCUAAGUUUUGGAUUUUUUUGGUAUAAACGAAUGUACAUAAGAUUCUUAAUCAAAUCAGGAACAUAAGAUAAGAAGUAACAAUAGGGCAUUUUUUCAUGUA